AGAUUAAUGAAACGUAUGGAGGGCGCAUGUGUCAAUCAUCGAUUUUUCCAAUGGCGUCACUGUAAGUCGAAGGUCAAGGGUGAAGCAGCAUGGCCGCUCUGUUACGGAGCUCGCGCUGUCUAGCUGGAAAGUGUCAUAAUCAUGUCAACGCCGCGCAGGUUUGCAUCAGGUCCAUGGCCUCUAAAACCCAAGUGGGCUUCAUUGGCCUGGGGAACAUGGGAAACCCAAUGGCAAAGAACCUCAUGAAACAUGGAUAUCCAGUGAUAGCCUCAGAUGUAUUUCCAGAGUCCUGCAAAGAGCUACAGGAGCUAGGAGCUCAGAUCCUGGAAAGCCCUGCGGAUGUGGCAGACAAAGCAGAUCGCAUCAUCACAAUGCUUCCCUCCAGCCCCAACGUUAUUGAUGUGUACACAGGCCCAAACGGCAUCCUGAAGAAAGUGAAGAAGGGGUCCCUCCUCAUUGAUUCCAGCACUAUUGAUCCAGCUGUCUCCAAGGAAAUGGCAGCUGCGGCAGAGAAACUGGGAGCUGUUUUCAUGGAUGCCCCAGUGUCUGGAGGUGUUGGUGCUGCCGCUUCAGGUAAGCUCACCUUUAUGGUUGGUGGGCCAGAGGAGGAGUUCAAUGCAGCCAAGGAGCUCCUGACCUGUAUGGGCGCUAAUGUGGUGUACUGUGGCCACGUUGGCACCGGACAGGCAGCUAAAAUCUGCAACAAUAUGCUGUUGGCCAUUGGGAUGAUUGGAACAGCGGAGACCAUGAAUUUGGGAAUCAGAUUAGGGCUUGACCCGAAACUUCUGGCGAAGAUCUUGAACAUGAGCUCUGGCCGCUGCUGGUCGAGUGACACAUACAACCCUGUCCCGGGAGUGAUGGAGGGAGUGCCCUCCGCAAACAGCUACCAGGGUGGCUUCGGAACUACACUCAUGGCCAAGGAUCUGGGACUUGCUCAGAAUACAGCAACUAACACAAAGACACCAGUGCCGUUGGGCUCUCUGGCCCAUCAGAUUUACCGUAUGAUGUGCGCACGCGGCUACGCCAGCAAAGACUUCUCAUCUGUCUUCCAGUUCCUUCGUGAAGAGGAGGGCCAGUAGACGGCAACUCUCUCUGCCCCUUCGGCAGCCUUACCCAGCACUGCCUGCCUUUCACAUGACCUGACAUGCAAAACUGUGACCCAACUACGUGAUUUCAUUGGCAUGCAUGUGCUGGGAGCCAUAAAUGAGUGAGCGAGGGAGUGAAUGAAUACAUAUGUGGAUUGGAUGAUAGUGGGAAAGAUCUGUUUAUUUUGUUAGUGUGUGUGUAGCAUGUGAGUUUCUGUUGGAAUCAUCUUACUCGUACAAUUAGUAAUCCACCAAUCAGUUGAUGAGAUGCUGUGAAUUUAAUGUUUGUUCUGAAUUUUUUCUUGCCUUCGAUGCGGUCCUGCAGGCUAAUGAAAGAUUAAUAAUGUAUCAUUUCAUUCUCACCAACCACUAACCCGCAAGACUCUGAUUAGCCGUUACACUCCAU